GUGUGCACUUUUUUCAUUUCCCUUGUCGACAGCGUGUUCAGGAACAAUCCACGCUUGGGCACCUCGACCCGUUUGACAGGCAACAACAACGCAACGAUGGCGCCCCGAGCUUCUUGGGCUGCCAUCCUGUUCUCCUUGAUGGUCGUAGUGGCCUGCUUCGGCGGUCACGUGGCUGCUGAGAUCACGAGAACAAUCCGGCUCGAUGACAACACAACAGCGACGCACUCCACCUAUCGCAUUGCUGCUCUCAGCGAUCGCGGCUUUGACUACUUCAACCGCACGAUGGCGCCAACCUUUGACGAAUAUCUCAACAACGUUGUGUCAAAGAAGUUUGAUGGCCUGGUUGAGUUUGUAACAUACCCAGCGCGAUUCCGCGAUCUCCUGGAUGAGGGUAAGGAAGACAAGUUUGACUUCGCCUUCACCAACCCGGCCAUCUUCACGUGCGCCGAGGCCGAGCUGGCCAUGUCGUCCCUCGUCACCCUUCGUCGCAACGAGCUGGGCGAGCAGCUGAGCCAGUUUGGUGCGGUCAUCUUCACACGGGCCGAUCGCGAUGAUAUCAACGGCCCAAUCGACAUUGCUGGCAAGACUGUCGCCGCCGUAUCCUUCAUUACCUUUGGUGGCUUCCAAGCACAGUGGGGUCUCUUGCGUGAUGAAGGCUUGGAUUUUCUCGUUGAUACGAAGCAGAUCAAGUUCACGGACGAUGAAAACUCGGUGGUCAAUGAAGUGAUGGAAGGCAAGAGUGAUGUUGGGUUUGUCACCAGCGGCGUCCUCGAAAUGCAAGUGUUCAACGGCACCCUGGAUUUGAAGCAGGUGAAGAUUAUCCACGCACAGAGCGUCAUUACGACGGAUGGAGACGUCUUUCCAUUCAUCACUUCGACCGAAGUGCUGUCUCCGGAGUGGGCCUUGGCGGCCAUGCCACGCGUCAACUGGCAGGUGCAAGCAGCUGUUGUCGAUGCCCUCAUCGCCAUCCAGCCCGACUCAAAGUACGCACUGCUUGGAAACUACGUUGGUUGGCAACCGCCUCUCUCUUACACCGUCACGCGCGCCCUUCAGGUGUCGCUUGGCGUGUUGUUUGAUGACGGUCUCGGCUCCUUCUCGUGUGUGCGCACCAAGUCCAUCAUCGAUGCUGUGGUGUGCCCGUUUGGAUUUGUCAAGAAGUCUGUAGAAGAGGUCGCCAAUGGCUGCGAGAUGGCUGGCAUCAUUUGUGAGGACGGCUACGACUGCCUGUGCCAGCCAUGCGAGCCCGCGUGCCCCUCCAACGCCCGCCUCCUGAGCACUGGCAGCUGUCAGUGCGAGUCUGGCUACAUUGACUUUGGCGGCGCGUGCGCGCCCAUCAUCGCCCUCGUCAUUACCAUCCUCAUCCCGCUGGCGGCGUUCAUUGUCAUCAUCGUCGUCGUCGCCAUGCGCUACCAGCAGAACAAGGUGGAUCUGUUGUGGCACAUUGCGCCCCACGAGCUCAAGUUUGAGGACCCCGUGGAGGUGCUUGGCAUCGGCUCUUACGGUGUCGUUGUCAAGGCAGAGUACCGCGGCACUGCCGUCGCUGUGAAGCGCGUCGGACCACCGGAGAAGCACAAGGGUGGGCGCCACGCGUCCCGUGCAACCCGCGACAAGCAAGGCGUGCUCAGCCCAGCUGUGCUUGCCGGUGUUCGCAGCAUGGCCGGGUCCACUGGCUCCACCAAGCACUCUGGGACCGGCAGCAAGCGUGGACGCUCGAAGCGAUCUGCGCUCCAGUCUGCGCGCACGAAGGAGAAGCGGGCCAUGGACUACAUCCUGGAGGUCUUUGACGAGGCAGCAGAGCAAGGCCAGGCUGCUGGCACAAAGUCGCACUCGAUUGCCAACUCUGCCAUGGCGAGCGGUUCUCGCUCACGGAACCUUGUCAGCCGGCUUCUGCACAAGUCCAGCAAGCGCGCCACCCUUGCACGCAUGAGGGCUGACUUUAUCACGGAGAUGCGCACGCUGUCCAAGCUACGCCAUCCGUGUGUGACGACGGUCAUGGGUGCUGUGAUGAUCAACGGAUGCGAGCCGAUGAUGAUUAUGGAGUACAUGGAUCUCGGAAGCCUCUACUCUAUCCUGCACAACGAAACCAUGGAACUCGACGGAGAGACACGUUACUACCUCACGAUUGACGUGGUGUCUGGCUGCCGCUUCCUUCAUUCGAGCAACCCACCACUCAUCCAUGGUGAUCUCAAGUCUCUCAACGUCCUCGUCGACUCCAAGUUCCGCGCCAAGGUUGCUGACUUUGGCCUGAGCGAGUCUGGUAAUGGAAAGGCAUGCGGCACCCCCUACUGGAUGGCGCCCGAGGUGCUUCGCGGCGAACCAACCACCGUCGCCUCUGAUGUUUACUCCUUUGCCAUCAUUCUGAACGAGGUCUUCAGCCGCAAGGACCCGUACCCUGUAGAUGCUGACCUUGAGAACACGUUGAAGGAGGUUAUCAAGCGCAAGCGCCGUCCACUCGUGCCGCCCAACUGUCCCGAGAACAUUGCACAGCUCAUGCGGGAGGCGUGGCACCCCGACCCGGACCGCCGGCCCUCAUUUGACGAGCUGGCGCGCCGAUUUGGCCACAUUGAUCCUUCCAACUGCCGCAUGGACGAUGGACGAAAGAAGGGCAAGGACUCGAACAAGGUGCUGGAGGACGUCUUCCCGCCACACAUCGCAAAGGCCCUUCGCGAGGGCAAGAAGAUUGAGCCCGAGCACCACGACUGCGUGACCAUCUUCUUCUCGGACAUUGUUGGGUUCACCAACAUCAGCGGCACGCUUGCGCCAGAGAAGGUCAUGAACAUGCUUGACCGCCUCUACACCAAACUCGACGCCCUCGCCGACGAGAUGGAGCUCUUCAAGGUCGAGACCAUCGGCGACGCCUACAUGGCAGUGACCAACCUGUUGAAGGAACAGAAGGACCACGCUGCGCGCAUCGGCCGCUUUGCCGUCGCCGCCAUCAAGGCCGCCAACACCACGCUCAUCAACGAGGAUGAGCCAGACCUUGGCUGCGUCAACAUCCGCGUUGGCUUCCACGCCGGCCCUGUCGUCGCAAACGUCGUUGGCACGAAGAACCCACGAUACUGCCUCUUCGGCGACACGGUCAACACGGCAUCGCGGAUGGAGAGCAACAGCGAGAAGAACCGCAUCCACAUGUCUGAGGCCGCGGCGGAGCUGGUGUCGCAGCAGGCGCCAGAUAUGCUGCUGGAGCCGCGCAAGGCCAUGCACAUCAAGGGCAAGGGCAAGAUGCAGACGUACUUCUUGAUCGCAGACGACAUUGACCACGCCAGCAGCAGCGACACGGCAGGUCUGAUGGAGGCCAAGCGUAAGAAGGAUCGAAAGGCCAACGCUGAGGACGAUACGGAGACGGACAGCAACGACGACGAAGAUGACGACGACGACAAAGCCGCCAAUGAUGACAACAGCACCGACACGAAGGCCACCACCAACCCGCCUGCAGAGGAGGCGGACAAGCGCGCCGCGGACGGUCGUGAACAGGACGUGCAGUCACAGCGCACACAGCAGGUGCGGGAGGUGAUGCGUAACGGCAACAUCCACCGCACCAUCACGGAGACGAUGCUCAUGCCGGAGCCGUCUCCGGAGGACGCACCGUCACGCCGGCGGUCAUUGACGGGCAGCAACGGCAGCGCCAUGGGGGAUCGCCACGUCUCCAUCAACAACGUGCUUGAGGUGAUGUACGCCGAGAGUGUGCAGUCUGACGACGUCGACUUUGGGGCUGACCGCAUCAAGGAGGUGGGGGACGCCGUUCGCGCUGCUGAUGCUGCCACCUCCGCCGCUAACAACAGCAAGCAGGAAGCCACCGGCUCUCCAAGUGCAGCCGUGUCCACGCUGGUUGAUGCGCUUGCACAAGGCAACGUCAGCCCAUACGAGAGCGACGAGGAUGACGAGGACGACUAUGACGGCGAGGACAGCUCUGACAUUGCAGAGGAGCUGCCGGGCGCAAUGCCGCGCAUGCUGCGCCAAGACUCGCUGUCUCGACGCAUCGCCAGCAACAUGGAAAGCCCCAUCUUCAACGACGGCAGUAACAGCAACAGCAACAGCGGCAGUGGCAGUGGCAGUGGUAGCGGUAAUGAUGAGCUUGACGGGUUCACACACACGCCAGACAUUGCCCACUCGCCAAGCGAGGAAGGCGAUACGAUUUCCUCGAAGCGCGUGCUUACCGACGCUCACGAGCUCCGUCGCCGCGUUUCCGACGGCAGCGGCAGGAAGAACACGCACCAGCAGGUCAGCGUGCAGCCCGCCACACCGCCCAAGCACAAGAAGGCGCUGAAGAGCACACGUCGCAAGUCCACACCCCGGUCAUCUGCUCCCUCGUCCCCAACGCGUUCUGCCACAAAGGCAAGUGGUACGCGUCGUUCGCGCAGCGCUGGUGCACGCAAGCAGCCGCAGGUACCACCUGUCCGCGAGAUGGAGCUGAUCACGGAUGCCGAUGACAAGCAGAACGAGGUGCUCAUUUGAACCCACAUCGUGCUGUCUGGGCAUCACGGCAGCUGGUGGUUGCACUCCCCCUUGUGAAUGUGUGCAUGUGUACAUGUGGCGUGGAAAGAUGCAUACACAUGUAUGCACAUGCUUGUACACCACGCCAUGCACACGCGCGCUGCUGAUCGCCCAUCACAUCUCCCCUAUUGUUGACACUUCCCGUCCAUCGUGCAAUUGAUUUGAGUGUUUGAUUGUGCGAGGUGUUGCUAUUCAAACACCAUGUCUCCUCCAUGUUCCGUGUUGUACAGUGAAGACAGCGUUGAAUGUUGCUUUAUUCUCUUGCGUUGUUGUGUUGUGUCGCUUGUCACUGGUGUGUAUCGAACUUGCCUGCUUCCCCUGCUGUUGUCCAUUGAAUGUUCGUGCUCUUUGCGCGCACUGUGCUGGGUCUUUUUGUUGCUUGUUGUUUGGGCUUGUCAAUCGCUAGCUCAAGUGCCCCAAAUGGUCCAUGUAAUUGACCCCCCUCCCCUUCCCACAUCGCCCUUCGCAGGCUGUCAAGCAUGGUAUGGUGAAGGCUAUGUUGAAGUUGCUUGUGUCUUUCUUCUUCUGGGGUCGCAUGUCAUUGAUUGUUUGGGUCACUUGCGGUAGGCUCUUGUGUGUGUGUGUGUGUGUGUGUG